GAUCAACGAAACAGAAAAAGAGGGAUCAGAAUUCAAUCAAUUUGCGGUGCAUUAUACACAUACAUAAAUACACACAUCUGUUUCUAUAGGUUGAGAUACAGUUAUAGAGAUACACCGAAAUGGGGACAUCACCGGCGCUAGCGCCGGGACUGUCAAGGAAGCUGAAGAAGGUGUUGGAGACUCGUACCGAUAGUCCCGAUCUGUUGGCGUCGCUUAACACACUCUCUAGUUUUUAUUCCGAAAAUACCCCUCACGGUCGGCGGAACCUCCGAUCGACCAUCGAGAAGCGAGCUCUGGCCAUCAACCAGGAGUACCUUCAAGCCUCCGAUGCUGCACGAAAGGCGCUGGAUCGGGUGGAAGAGGAGGUCAAUGCGCUCGCUGAAUGCUGUGACAAAAUUGCUAGGGCGUUAAGCAGUUGUAAUGCUACAACAGGAGAUAUUAUAAGUACCACGGAAAGGCUGAAACAGGAACUUGAAGUGACUACACAGAAACAAGAGAUCGCAUCUUGCUUCGUUCGUGAUUAUCAGCUUUCCAAUGAAGAGAUAAAUGCUCUGAGAGAAGAAGAUCUGAGUGAGAACUUCUUCAAGGCUCUUUCUCAUGUUCAAGAAAUACAUGCAAAUUGCAAAGUGCUGCUCAGGACACAUCACCAGCGUGCAGGUUUGGAACUUAUGGAUGUAAUGGCUGUGUACCAAGAAGGAGCCUAUGAGCGCCUCUGCAGGUGGGUUCAAACUGAGUGUAGGAGAUUGGGUGACACCGAUAAUCCUGAGGUUAGUGAACUUCUGAAAACAGCAGUUCGCUGCCUCAAAGAAAGGCCUGUCCUUUUCAAGUACUGUGCGGAAGAGGUAGCAAAUAUGAGACAUAAUGCAUUGUUUAGAAGGUUUAUAAGCGCGCUUACACGUGGGGGACCUGGUGGAUUACCCAGACCAAUCGAAGUGCAUGCUCAUGAUCCCUUACGAUAUGUAGGUGACAUGCUUGGGUGGCUUCAUCAGGCAUUAGCAUCUGAAAGAGAACUUGUCCUCGUGUUACUUGAUCCGGAUGCAGUUGUAGAUACUGGACCAACUGCACGUAGAUUCUCUAAAGGCUCAGAGAAUGCUUCAGCAAAGGCAGAAUCUGACUUGACAUUUGUGUUAGACAGGAUAUUUGAAGGAGUUUGCCGGCCAUUUAAAGUGAGAGUAGAGCAAGUUUUGCAGUCUCAACCUAACCUUAUAAUCUCAUACAAACUUAAUAUCACCCUGGAGUUCUACAGCUACACCAUAUCCGAGCUGCUAGGAAGAGAAACAGCUCUUUGUAAUACACUUUGGGUAGUCAAGGAUGCCGCUCAGAAAACAUUCUUUGACAUUCUAAAAACUCGAGGAGAGAAGCUUUUACGGUAUCCUCCUCUGGUUUCUGUCGAUCUCUCCCCUCCACCAGCAGUGAGGGAAGGAGUCUCGGUGUUGCUUGAAAUAAUCGAGACCCACGACAGCAUGAUGGUCUCUGCAUCAGGAGAGAAGCCUUCCUUUGAUCCAGUGAUAUCCGCUUUACUGGAUCCUAUAAUUCAGAUGUGUGAAUUAGCAGCAGAGGCGCACAAGUCUAAGGGAGCCAUCCAGACACUAAGAAGAAGUAGAACAAGUUCUGACCCAGGCCAACUCGGUAAAUCAUCUAUAGAUUCUAUCUUGGCAAACGGGAAGUCCACCCCUGUAUCUCAGACUAGUGAAACACCCUCCAAGAUUUUUCUCCUCAAUUGCUUGUGUGCCAUCCAACAACCAUUAUUAGGACAUGAGGUUGCGUCUGAAUACGUGCAGAAGCUUGGAACGAUGAUUGAUAGUCACAUGCAUGGUCUUGUGCAAAAAGAAGUCGAUGUCAUUUUAAGAAGAUGCGGCUUGUCAGACAAGAUGCCUCACUUCCACAAUUCGUUAUACAAUGAGGAAGCCCAUGACGCAUUGGCGGAAAUGGAAGGCACUUCUCCUGCCUCUCUUUCAGAAUGUUUGAAGGCUUUCUUCGGGCUUAUUUUGGGGAGUGAAAGUUCCCUGCCAGAAUUUGAGCAGAUGCAGGUUCCCAGACUGCGAUCCGAGGCUGUUGUCCAGGUGGCUAGGUCACUAGCUGCAGCUUAUGAACUAAUUUACAAGGCAAUCAUGGAUCCCAAGAAUCAGUACCCAGAUCCUAAAUCACUAGCAAGACAUCCCCCUGAUCAGAUAAGAACCAUUUUAGGUAUUUGAAGCUGCUCAGACAAACUUUUUGUUUGAGUUCCAGGGGUUGUUGAAACAGAUUUUUUUAUGGGUUUUAUUCUUUGUCAUUGAUAGAUUGGUGGUGCUGUGAAAAUGGAGUGUAUUUUAUAUAAUCGUGCCAUAGACACAAAAAUAUGAAUUCUCCUUGAUUUUUAUGAAAGCCCAUUGGUGGUACUAGCGGUGCAAUUCGGAUGGGUUGGAUGGAUUUAGAGGUUAACUUGGUUCAACCUGAU